CACCCAACACACUUCACAACCAUUCAAACUCUUCACUACUUCACCUAUAUAUACACAUAACACCUACAUAGUCACACGUACAAUAGUCAUUUCAAUUCCCACGUGUGCUACAUUUUUUUUUAAUUUUAACGACGACUCACACGCUAUCUAAUUAACCAGUUAGUUUGAAAUGGCGAACGGACAUGCAACUGAGUUUUGUAUUAACAAUGAUCCGUUGAACUGGGGCGUGGCGGCCGAGGCGUUGACCGGGAGCCACCUUGAAGAGGUGAAGAGAAUGGUGGCUGAGUUUAGGAAGCCUGUGGUGAAGCUAGGUGGAGAGACGUUGACUGUGUCUCAAGUGGCUGGGAUCGCGGCUGCUGCUGAUAGUUCUGUUGUGAAAGUUGAGCUUUCGGAGUCGGCUAGGGCCGGGGUGAAGGCGAGUAGUGAUUGGGUUAUGGAGAGUAUGAAUAAAGGAACUGAUAGUUAUGGUGUUACUACCGGUUUUGGUGCUACUUCUCACCGGAGGACUAAGAAUGGUGGGGCUCUUCAGAAGGAACUCAUUAGAUUUUUGAACGCUGGAAUCUUCGGCAAUGGCACAGAAUCAAGCCACACACUUCCACAUUCAGCAACAAGAGCAGCCAUGCUAGUAAGAAUCAACACCCUCCUACAAGGUUACUCCGGCAUCCGGUUCGAAAUCCUGGAAGCCAUCACCAAGUUCCUCAACACCAACAUCACCCCUUGUCUACCCCUCCGCGGCACCAUCACCGCCUCGGGCGACCUCGUCCCACUCUCCUACAUCGCGGGUCUCCUCACCGGCCGCCCCAACUCCAAAGCCGUCGGCCCCGAUGGAGAACUCCUCACCGCCGAAAAGGCGUUCACCUUGGCAGGCGUCGAAGGCGGGUUCUUCGAGCUACAGCCAAAAGAAGGCCUAGCACUUGUUAACGGUACCGCCGUAGGAUCCGGUAUGGCUUCCAUGGUUCUUUUUGAAGCCAAUGUGCUUGCAUUGUUGUCCGAAGUGUUGUCCGCGAUUUUCGCCGAGGUUAUGCAAGGGAAACCUGAGUUUACGGACCACUUGACGCACAAACUUAAGCACCAUCCGGGCCAGAUAGAGGCUGCAGCCAUUAUGGAGUACAUUUUAGAUGGAAGUGACUAUGUUAAAGCUGCACAAAAGGUUCAUGAAAUGGAUCCUUUGCAGAAACCGAAACAAGACCGCUACGCGCUAAGAACCUCGCCUCAAUGGCUCGGGCCACACAUAGAGGUCAUCCGAUCAUCGACUAAGAUGAUCGAGAGAGAGAUUAACUCGGUUAACGAUAACCCUUUGAUUGAUGUUUCUCGUAACAAAGCUUUACAUGGUGGAAACUUCCAAGGAACUCCCAUUGGAGUUUCAAUGGACAACACUCGUUUGGCUAUUGCUUCUAUUGGAAAGCUCAUGUUUGCGCAAUUCUCCGAGCUUGUAAACGACUUUUACAACAAUGGGUUGCCUUCGAAUCUUUCGGGUGGACGGAAUCCUAGCUUGGAUUACGGGUUCAAAGGAGGAGAGAUCGCGAUGGCGUCGUAUUGUUCUGAGCUUCAGUUUCUUGCUAACCCGGUGACAAACCAUGUCCAAAGCGCGGAGCAACAUAACCAAGAUGUGAACUCUUUGGGAUUGAUUUCAGCUAGAAAAACAGCUGAAGCUGUUGAAAUAUUAAAGCUCAUGUCAUCCACUUACUUGGUUGCUUUAUGCCAGUCUAUUGACUUGAGGCAUUUAGAAGAGAACAUGAAGUCCACAGUGAAAAACACUGUGAGCUUAGUAGCCAAAAAGGUGUUAACCACUGGCGUUAACGGCGAGCUCCACCCGUCAAGAUUCUGCGAAAAGGACUUGCUUCGAGUUGUCGACAGAGAGUAUGUUUUCGCGUACAUUGACGACGCUUGCAGUGCCACUUAUCCGUUGAUGCAAAAGCUUCGACAAGUGCUUGUCGACCACGCUUUAAGCAAUGGCGAAAGCGAGAAGAACACAAGCACUUCAAUCUUCCAAAAGAUUAGUGCUUUCGAAGAUGAAUUGAAGGCGGUUUUACCUAAAGAAGUGGAGGGUGUAAGACUUGGAUAUGAAGAUGGUACAUUGGCUAUCCCAAACAGGAUCAAAGCUUGUAGAUCGUAUCCAUUGUACAAGUUUGUUAGGGAGGAGCUUGGGACCGGGUUCUUGACCGGUGAAAAGGUGACUUCACCGGGUGAGGAGUUUGAUAAGGUGUUUACUGCAUUGUGCAAAGGCCAAAUUAUUGAUCCGUUACUAGAGUGUGUAGAGGGUUGGAAUGGUGUUCCUCUUCCAAUCUCUUAGACCCAUUAAUAAGUUUGUAAUAUGUUAUAUGUGUUUAAUACUUGCUUUUUUGGUUCAUAUAAUUGUAUGCUUUGCUUUGGUUGGAAAUUCAAGAUGCAAAUUUGUACCUUUCUAUUAGUGAGUCAACAAAGAUUUUAUUAUGAUGUA